AUGAAGGCCUGUUAUUAUGAACUAUUAGGAGUCGAAUCACAUGCUUCUGAUCUUGAAUUAAAAAAGGCUUACCGUAAGAAAGCUUUACAAUAUCAUCCAGAUAAAAACCCAGAUAAUGUGCAAGAAGCCACAGAAAAGUUUGCCAUAAUCCGAGCUGCUUAUGAGGUACUAUCUGAUCCUCAGGAAAGAGCAUGGUAUGACUCGCAUAAGGAACAAAUUUUAAAUGAUACUGCACCGGAUGCUGAUGGUUACUACGAUGAAGUAGACGCUACGGUCACAGGAGUUACUACUGAUGAGCUGCUUUUAUUUUUCAAUUCCGCUCUAUAUACUAAACUAGACAACACAGCUGCAGGUAUCUAUCAAAUUGCUGGAAAAAUAUUUGCCAAAUUGGCUAAAGAUGAGAUUUUAAGCGGUAAACGACUCGGAAAGUUUAACGAGUACCAAGAUGAUGCUUUUGAACAGGAUAUCAAUAAUAUUGGGUAUUUGAAAGCAUGUGAUAACUACGUAAACAAAACUAAUAAGCUUUUGUAUCCUUUGUUUGGAUAUUCAUCAAUAGACUAUGAAUAUUUGAAACACUUUUAUAAAACUUGGUCAGCGUUCAACACGCUGAAGAGCUUCAGCUGGAAAGACGAAUACAUGUAUUCCAAAAACUAUGACAGGAGAACAAAGAGAGAAGUUAAUAGAAGAAAUGAAAAGGCUAGACAACAGGCUCGGAAUGAAUAUAAUAAAACGGUCAAAAGGUUUGUGGUUUUCAUUAAAAAGCUCGAUAAAAGAAUGAAAGAAGGUGCAAAAAUUGCAGCAGAACAGCGCAAAAUGAAAGAGCAGCAGAGAAAGAAUGAAUUAAAUAAUAGAAGGAAAUGUGGCAGCUCGAACUACAACGAUGAUAAAGAAGAUUUUCAUUUACAAAGCUGGCAAACGGUAAAAGAAGAAAGUUGGGAUGAAUUAGAAAAGAUAUAUGACAAUUUUGGAGAAUUUGAAAAUUCUAAGAAUGAUAAAGAAGACGAAAUACUGAUUUAUGAAUGUUUUAUUUGUAAUAAAACGUUCAAAUCUGAAAAACAAUUGAAGAACCACAUAAAUACUAAAUUGCACAAUAAAAAUAUGGCAGAGAUUCGGAAGGAAAUGGAAGAGGAAAAUAUCACGCUUGGGCUGGAUAAUCUUUCUGAUCUUGAAAAUUUUGAUUCGGCAGAUGAAGUUGUUAAGGAAAAAGAGGAUAUUGAUCUACAAACCUUGCAAGCUGAACUCGCUGAAAUUGAAAGAAAACUAGCAGAAUCAACUUCUGAAGAUGACAGCGAAGAUAAUUGUAUCCAAAUAGAGGUAGAGGACGUCAAUUCGGAUGAAAAUUUGCAAAUACACACAAAGAGUAAGAAGAAGAGGAAGAAGAAGAGAAGAAACAAAAAGAAAGGUAAAGUCGAAACAGAAUCAGAAGAAACAGAAUCUUCUGAUGAUGCUACAGACAAAAGAACUGAUGAGUUAAAUGAUCUUUUAGCCUCAUUGGGAGAUGAGGGCCUGCAAACUCAUUACGAAGAGGACUGGUCUACUAAAACGAAAACGAAAAAGAAAAAGGGCAAAACAUUAAAGAAGAAUUCCAAAUUUGCUAAAACUACGCCAUCUUUGCCUACACCACCGCCCUCAGUAUCUUCAUUUGCGGCAAUUGAAAAGUGCGUUACCUGCGGAGAAUCAUUCGAUAGUCGAAAUAAGCUAUUCACCCACGUAAAGAUUUCAGGACAUGCGGCUGUGAAAAAUAUGAUGAAAAGCAGGAAAGUCAAGACUAAAAAGAAUUAG